AUGAACGACUUUAGAGUCAGACAGACCUUAAAUUUGAAUCCUGCUCUGCCAUGUAGUAGUUGUGUGACCACAAACAGGAAAAACUAUUAUGAACUAAUUACCCAAAACAGUUUUAACAUUUGUGUGUGUGUGUGUCUUUUUCUCCUAGAGAUAAGAUUUCAGUUUCCACAGCUGACUGGAGUGCUUACUCUUGCUUUCUUUAUUCAUAAUUGUAUUAUCACACUCUUGAAAAACAACAAGGACCAAGACAACAAUGUGAGGGACCUGUGUGUUGCUUAUAUGCUGGUGACGUUAACUUAUCUCUAUAUCGGAUUCCUGGUUUUUGCUUCAUUUCCUUCACCUCCAUUAUCCAAAGAUUGUAUUGAGCAGAAUUUUUUGGACAACUUCCCUAGCAGUGACACCUUGUCCUUCAUUGCAAGAAUAUUCCUGCUGUUCCAGAUGAUGACUGUGUACCCACUCUUAGGCUACUUGGCUCGUGUCCAGCUAUUGGGCCAUAUCUUCGGUGACGUUUAUCCUAGCAUUUUCCACGUGCUGAUUCUUAAUCUAAUUACUGUGGGAGCUGGCGUGUUGAUGGCCUGUUUCUACCCCAACAUAGGAGGGAUCAUAAGAUAUUCGGGAGCUGCAUGUGGCCUGGCCUUUGUAUUCAUAUAUCCGUCUCUCAUCUAUAUAAUUUGCCUCCACCAAGAAAAGCGUCUGACGUGGCCUAAAUUAAUCUUUCACGUUUUCAUCAUGAUUUUGGGCCUCGCUAACCUAAUCAGUCAGUUUUUUAUGUGAAAACUGUUUCCUGGAGAUCUUUCACAAUACUUUGAGCCUUGACAACAGUUCUACAUAAACUCACUUGUAAAUGCUGUUGUUGCUG